CAACCCGACCGUGAUCCUCGGCGGACGGUUUUCAAUUAUUUAUUAUAUUCAUUCAGUACUCUGCGAGGCGCGAAUAAAUUCGUACACUUGCCGCUGCUCCCGAUAUCUAGCAGAACCGGCUGGUUGAUAUAUAUAUAUACUUGUUCGCCCUUUGGGUACUCGCGUUUUUUAUGGCUAUUGCAUAACUUAUGCUUUAAGAAUAAAUUUGUUUUUUACUGCUUCAGAAAAAGUAAAAUUUAACUGAAAAUAGCCAUGUUUGCAAAAUUAGUGCUGGCCCUAAUAGGGGUAGGAAGUCAAAUAUUUUCCACUAGUGGUUCUCCAUACAUAAAAUCAACGGAUUUUAAUUUAGUACUUUUGCAUAAUAAUGAUAUGCACGGAAGGUUUGAAGAAGUUGAAAGCAACACCGGGACUUGUCAGCAAGCACAUAGGAAUAACACUUGUAUUGGUGGAAUGGCUAGAACAGCCCACGUAAUUCGAGCUUUCAGGGAACGUGCCAAAAAUGGUACAGGUCCUCCAGUACUUUACCUUAAUGCAGGAGAUACUUUUGUAGGCACCUCCUGGUUUAGUGUUUUUAAUUGGUCCAUAGCUGGCCCUUUCGUUAAUAUGCUAAGUCCAGACGCUUUGAGUCUCGGUAAUCACGAAUUCGAUCUCACAACUGCCAUUCUAGCUCCAUUCGUACGAAACUUAACUUCACCAGUAUUGGCCGCCAAUCUUAAUUUCUCUUUAGAACCAACCCUUCAAGAUUUAAUUAAUGCAUCUACGAUCCUGGAAGUAAAUGGACGAAGAAUAGGAAUUAUAGGAUACCUAACUCCAGAAACUACUAAAAUUUCCUCAGUGGGUAACGUCAUAUUUGAGGAGGAGGUGCCUGCAAUAAGAAGAGAGGCUGAGAAACUAGUUGCUUUAGGCGUAAAUAUUAUCAUAGCGCUUGGACAUUCAGGAUACCAAAUGGAUCAGACUAUCGCCAGGGAAGUGGAAGAAGUUGACGUUGUCAUAGGUGGACACACAAAUACGUUUCUUUGGAACGGUGCACAGCCUGAUAGUGAACUUGUUGAGGAUCCGUAUCCGAAGGAAGUAGUCCAAUCCUCUGGUAAAAUAGUUCCAGUAGUCCAAGCAUAUGCCUACACCAAGUACCUCGGAGUAUUAAAUUGCACUUUUAACGAAGAAGGUGACCUUACACACUUUGCAGGUCAGCCGUUACUGUUAAGUGCGGAAGUACCCCAGGAAAAAGACGUUCUUCAAUUGCUUGAAGUCUUCAGGCCGGCUAUUGACGCUCUUAAUACACAAAUUAUUGGUUAUUCACGAGUGUUUUUAGAUGGGAAUAGCUACACUUGUAGACAUCAAGAAUGCAAUCUUGGAAAUCUUGUCACAGACGCUUUAGUAUCUUAUGCUACCAGCGAAUCUACUCAAAAAUGGUCAGGUGUACCUAUAGGAAUUUAUAACGGAGGAGGGCUCAGAAAUAGUAUUAAUCCUCAUCCUGAUACAGGAGCAUUGACUAGGAGUGAUUUAUUGGCUGUUUUACCUUUUGGAAAUCAGGUAAUUCAAUUGAAACUAACUGGAGAGGAUUUGUACCAAGCCAUGGAACAAAUGGUCCGAGGCAACGGUGAAACUUCUUUCGGAGAAUUUCCUCAGGUAUCUGGUCUAAGACUUGAACUUGACAUGACUCAACCCGCUUACUCCAGAGUAAAAUCCAUUAAAGUAAGAUGCGGUAGUUGCCAAAUCCCUGUGUAUGAACCCUUAGAUAUGAACCAAAAUUAUACUCUGGUAACGUCGAGUUUCUUGGCUGAUGGUGGAGAUGGCAUUACUAUAUUUAAAGAGAAGUCAUUAAUGAGAGAUGCUAUGGAUCUAAACGAUUUAGAUACUGUAGCAAAUUAUAUAACCAAGUACAGUCCUGUCUAUCCAGAAGUACAGGGUAGAAUUAGAUUUUCAAAUUCAUCUUCGGAGUCUGGGGGAAGCACGAAUAAAGAGAGUGCAGGAUAUAGAAAUUCGAUAAGUUCGAUUUUGGUCGUGGUUGGUUUAUUUUUGACGUUAUGGAAUUAUUAAGGAUGUAUAUUUAUGGAUUGUGAUAAAAUAUUAUACGUAUGUUAAGUGUUA